AUGUCAUACUCCGGAACGACAGGUUCAACACCUCAACGAUAUCCAGGUUCAGCUAUUAAUGAAAAUUCUCAACUAUUGACUAGCAGAUCGAAACACAGUACCUAUUCAAAUAUCAAUCGUAUAAACAACGAAAGUGUUAACCCCAUAGAAAAGAAUGAUAACGACAAAGCCCAAAAGAAAUCUGGAAGCAAGCUAGGCACAUUCGACGGUGUGUUUCUUCCUGUCACAUUGAAUGUUUUAUCCAUUUUGAUGUUCUUGAGAUUUGGAUUCAUCAUUGGACAAAUGGGUAUACUAGGAACAAUUUUUUUGUUGAUAUUAUCUUAUUCCAUUGAUGCUUUAACAACACUAUCUGUUAGCGCAAUUUCCACCAAUGGUACUGUGAAGGGCGGUGGGGCAUACUACAUGAUAUCCAGAUCAUUGGGUCCAGAGUUUGGUGGUGCCAUUGGGAUAAUCUUUGUCAUUGGACAAAUUCUCAAUUCAUCAUUGAAUGUAGUGGGGUUUAUAGAACCAUUGUUGGUUAAUUUUGGUAUUGGGGGUGAUAUGGCCGAUAUUUUACCUACAGGUUAUUUUUGGCUGGUGUUGUAUUCGACAAUUUUAUUGGCAAUAUGUACUGGAGUGGCUAUGGUUGGGUCACUGCUUGUUUCUAAAACAGCACUACUUUUAUUUAUUAUAUUGACAAUUAGCACUUUAUCUAUUCCAUUAUCGACUAUUUUUGUCAAGUCCUUUUACCCCUUACCACCACCCUAUAGCGACAUAUUAUACACUGGAUUGUCGUGGGAAACGUUUUUCGAAAAUUUGUAUCCUAAUUUCACAAGUGGUGCUGCUGGUUCAGUAUUGCCUCCAGGCGAAAAAGAAAACUUCACUGACUUGUUUGGAAUCUUCUUCCCUGCAACUGCUGGUAUUUUUGCAGGAGCUUCGAUGCUGGGUGAACUAAAGUCCCCAUCAAAGUCUAUCCCUCAGGGAACAAUAAAGGGGUUAUUUCUUACAUUUGUUUUGUAUAUAUCAGUUAUUGUUUCAAUGGGUGCAGCCAUACCCCGAGAGUUAUUGCAUGUUGAUAUCAAGGUCAUACAAACCGUCAAUAUCUCGAGCAUUGUUAUCAUAAUGGGAGAGUUUUCCACAUCUUUGUUUUCCGUGAUCAUGGGUAUUGUUGGUGCCUCUGCAAUGAUCACUGCUAUUGCUGAUGAUAAAAUUAUCCCUGGGUUAUCUAUUUUUACCACAUUAAAAAAACCAUCAAAAGAAAAGAAAAAAGCACAAAUUUAUAGUAUCAUUGCCACUUGGUUUAUUGCACAAAUAUUUUUAUUUGCUGAUAUCAAUCAGAUCGCCACGUUUAUAACAAUGGCAUUUUUAAUGACAUUCAUAGUUACUAACAUUGCCUGUUUUUUAUUAAAAGUUGGUUCAGCUCCUAAUUUCAGACCUUCAUUCAAGUAUUUCAGUAGUAAAACUGCUUUUGCUGGUGCUGCAGUAUGUCUUGUAGCAAUGUUUAUUGUUGAUGGUAUUUCUGCGACAUUGGUGAUAUUUUGCAUGACUUUCUUAAUCUUGUUGAUUCAUUAUCUGUCGCCACCUUCCAAAUUUGGUGACAUUUCUCAAUUAUUAAUUUACCACCAAGUUAGGAAAUACUUGUUAAGAUUAAAAUUGGAAAUGAGUGUAAAGUACUGGCGUCCACAAAUAUUACUACUUUGUGACAAUCCACGUACAUCAUGGAACUUGAUUGGAUUCUGUAACCACUUGAAAAAAGGAGGAUUGUACAUUCUUGGUCAUGUGGUGUUAAUGAACGAUGACACAAAUCCAUCAUGUAAUUCAGACAAAAAUUACCGAACAUUUUCAACAGGUACCUAUCAGGAAGUGAGAAAGCAAAAGCAAGCUUGGAUAAAAUUAAGAGAUAUGUCGAAAAUCAAAGCAUUUGUGCAGAUUGCUUUGGGGCCCACUUUGCCGUGGGGGGUACGAAAUGUCUAUCUUGGAUCAGGUUUAGGCGGUAUGAGACCAAAUAUUACCGUUUUGGGAUUUUAUGAUUUCAAAAAGCAUGGACUUGCAUUACCAAUAUUACCAAGUUAUGAUAGCAACAAGAAAUUUGUGGGACAAUUGCCCACUGAUACAUUAAGAAAGGAAAGGAAAGUUUCAAUCAAUCAAUGGGUUCAAAUUGUCGAAGAUUUAAUUGUAUUGCAAGCGACUGUUGCCGUUGCAGCAAAUUUUACCCAAAUGGUUCUUCCCAAAACAGAAACGGGAAAAGGGCUUUUCAAAUUCAAGAAACCAUUUAAAAAUGAGAAACCAGCAGAGAAAUAUAUCGAUUUAUACCCAAUUCAAAUGUCUUCCGUGGCACAGCUUGACAAUGGUCAAUCGAUAUUGUCAACUAACUUUGACACUUAUACUUUGAUUUUACAAUUGGGGUAUAUUUUAUCAACUGUUGAUGAAUGGGAAAUCAAUAAUUAUAAAGUCCGUGUUAUUGUAUUUGUUGAGUUUUCGAAUGAAGUGGCGGACGAAAAGGAAAGAUUAGCCGGCUUGUUAUCAAGUUUGAGAAUUGAUGCAGAAAUUAGGGUCAUUUGUUUGGAAGAAGCAAAUUUGGAUUCCUAUAAUUAUAUGAUCAAAGGGUACACAAAAUCACAACUGAACAAGACUCAAUAUGAUAAAGUUGACAGGAUUUUGGCAUGUGAUCAAUGGUGGAAAAACUUGUCCAAAGCGAGAGAGACACUACGUGAUAUUGACAAAAGGAAAACUUUGGGAAAGCAAAAACUGAGAAUUAUACCAACAAGAACAGACUCAAAAUCAUCACUUUUUCCAGAAACUUUUCAACCAUUGAAUUUGACUUCAGGAAGUCCACAAGAUGUUCAAGUUCAAGGCUUGAAGAGUAACAGAAGAUAUACACUUUCCAAUUUGCAAGAACAAGGGAUGUCGCUAUCAUUCAAUUUGAGAGCUGCCAACCUGACAACUGGAAAAGAUUUACUAUAUGCCGAUUCAAUAGUUGAUAGUAGUGAUAGUGAAUCAGAAGACUCGUCUUCAUUUGCAACUUCAAACACUACUGCCAACCUUGGCUACCUGUUUUCUAGAGACAACAGUUAUGUCAAUCUUGCUUCCUCACAAGCCACUUUAGAGAGUGGACAAAGGGAUGACCCCUCUAAACCCAAAAACGCAUUAAUAGAGCACAAUUUGUAUUCCAGAACCCAUACGCCAGAGUUAUUAUCUAGUAGAUCUUCUGUGAUCAAUUUGAGACCAAAUUUCCUGUCAGUUAAAAUCCCAACAGCAAAAGUUAAUGAUGACGCUGAGGAUGGUGAUGACCAAGAAGACGAUGAAGAGGAGGGUGACGUGAAAGAUAACGAAGAGGAUGAAACAAAUAAAGAAACUGCUGAAAAAGGAAGUAUCUUAAUCAAAGAUAAACAAUCAAAGGCAAAAGACAGGGCUAAACAAUCGAUCCAAUUUGUUGAAGAUGAACCUUCGAAAAAUUCACUGGCUAAUACUGAAUCAACUGAAGUUACCCAGCAAACCAGCAAAACCAAAGCCAAAAACCUUAUUGUCAACGAUGAUGAAAUUAUCCAUCACAUGGAGACACCACAAUUUUUAGCUGCUGAAGACGAUGAUGAAACAGAUUUCCCGCCAAUGUCCUUAAGGGACAGCAAAUUUCCUUCAUGUGGUCCAUCAAGUGCAAGAUCCGAAGUAUAUAAACAGAAACCAAAUGUGUCAACAAAUCAAAACACUAACUCUGAAAGAACCAUAACUAGAAAACAGUUACAAGAAGAAUUAAAAAACUUAACCUUCAAUGAUAUUCCUGCAAAGGGACAACAUUUGGUGUUGAAUGAAUUAAUGAGUAAAAAUUCACCAUCUGAUAAAACACACAUUAUUUUUAGUACAUUACCUGCGCCAUCGAACGGCACUCAUUUAAACGAUACUGAUUCAUUUGAUUACACUAACAAUUUGGCUAUUUGGUUAGACGAUUUGCCACCAAUUUUGUUGGUCAAUUCUCAAACUGUAACAGUUACAACUGCAUUAUAA